AAAACAAAUUACAAGAUUUGAAUGUAAUGGGCAACUUAUUAUUCACAUUAAUAUGAUAAAUUCUAAAGCUUAUAUUAAAGUCAAGCAUUUAUUAUAUCAUGAGCAUCCUGCUAUUUCUACUGGUGUUCCAAAGAAAAUAAUUGCUGAAAUAAAACUUGAUCCUUUACAAUUUCGUUCUUAUCUAUCUGCACAUUUUGAUUUACAAGAUAUUACACCUAAACAAAUUUAUUAUUGGUGGAGUGUUUCUAUUCAAUCAAAGUAUCAAAAACAUAAAGAUCCUAUUUGUUCAGCUAUUAUUUUACUUCAAGAACAAUUUCAAGAUUGUGAAUUAUUAAUGUCAAUUAAUAAUGAUACUUUAACUGCAAUUGCUUUUUCAACACCAAAUCUUCAAUAUUUAAAAAACGUUAAAGAAAUUUAUAUUGAUGUAACAUAUAAAACAACAAAAGAUCAUUUUGAGCUUUACAGGAUUAUUGGAGGAUAUCAAGAAAUUGGGCUAUUUAUUUUAGAUAUAAUUCAAACUAAUAGAGAGUUCGAAUUAUCUAAAUCAGAAGUUUUAACUCAAUUUUAUUAA